AUGGCGUCCAGGCCGCUCUCUAGUCUAUGGCUGGUCUCUACAACCUCGGGCACGGCGUGGCCAAACGGGCCCUUCCGGACAUCAGGGCGGUGGAUCAUCGAUGCGUCUGGGGCAGACGUCACGUACGCAGGCGUCAGCUGGCCGGCACACGGCGAGACCAUGCUGCCCGAGGGCCUGCAGUACCAGUCGGUCGCCGCCAUCGUCGCCAAGAUCAAGAGCCUUGACAUGAACGCCAUCCGGCUGACGUACGCCAUUGAGAUGAUUGACCAGAUCUACGCCAGCGCCACCGACGACAGCCACCCCCAGGACGUGUCCAUCGAGACAGCUUUGGUCAACGCCUUGGGUCGCGAAAACGGCACUGCGGUGCUUGCGAGCGUUUUGAAGAACAACCCGUCCUUUUCAAAGACGACGAAGCGGUUGCAGGUGUUCGACGCCGUCGCUUCCGAGUGCGCCAAGCAAGAGAUCUACACGCAGGGCUUAGAGUACAUGGCGCAGCACGCCAAAGCGUGGCCCAACCUCGUGUCCAUGUCGCUGCGCAACGAGCUGCGGCAGCCGCUGCUGAACCUAACACUCUACUCACAAUCAUACAACUGGGCAACAUGGUACGAUCACAUGCGCGAGGGGGCAGCCGCCAUCCACGCCGCGCACCCCGACACCCUCGUAUUCCUCUCCGGACUCGACUCAGACACGACGCUCGACGCCGUCGUCCAGGGCCUGCCGCUCACGAGCAGCGCCAGCAGCAAAACCCCGGCCAAGGUCUUCGACGCGGCGGCCGACUUCGCCAGCGGCCUCGCCGACAAGCUCGUGCUGGAGCUGCACACGUACAUCAACCCGGCCACCUGCUCCGCGUUCGAGGCGCGGCUGGCCGCGGCAGGAUUCCAAACGCUCAACGGCACGGCAAAGAACACCAUGCCGCUGCUGCUGACCGAGUUCGGGUACACGCAGGACGCGGCGACGUGGCGUGACUCGGUCUACGCGUCGUGUCUGCUGCGCUUCCUGCCCGCCAAAAAGGCCGGCUGGAUGAUCUGGGUCCUCGCCGGGAGCUACUAUGUGCGCGAGGGCCAGCACGACUACGACGAGGGCUGGGGGCUGCUGAGCCACGACUGGUCCGCGUGGCGCUCGCCAAGGCAUGUCGAGGGCGGGCUGGUGCCGUUGGUGCAGGCUACGCUGGAGGGUGUCAGGGCUGGGAAGAAAGCUGGCUAA